GGUUUGGGCUCUCAUUCCGCCGCAACCAUUGUUGCGGUAUUGUUGUGUAGCGGCGACCGAGCGUGCGAUUGCAUGCUCUCUUUUCUCAUGCUUUGAUUUACGUCGGCCCUUGGAACCCCCACUAGGAAGAAGAACAGGAGAAUUCCUCAUCGCAUUUUUUUAUUUAUCAGCGCAACCCCGCUUUUUCAGAAGUGGGUUGUUGGGUUUGGUUGUCGCACUGAGUGGGGGUGACGAGAAAGCCUUUUCUGAUUCACAAUGUUGGCUCUCUUUGAGACGCCUGCCGGGUUCGCCCUCUUCAAAGUUUUGAAUGAGGGGAAGCUCGAUGCCUCCGAGGAACUUUACAAGGAGUUCGAGACUGCGGAUGCUGCUCGCAAGAUGGUCAAACUGAAAGCCUUUGACAAAUUCGAGAAUACGACUGAUGCGCUCAACGCGGCGUCUCACCUCGUUGACAGCAAGCUGCCGAAGGGUCUUCGCAAGUUUCUCAAGAAACAAUGUCAAGGAGAGACUUUGGCAAUCGCGGAUUCCAAGCUCGGGAAGGCCAUCAGUGACAAGCUCGAAAUAAACUGUGUGAACAAUGCAGCUGUAGCAGAGCUAAUGAGGGGUCUGAGGUCUCAAUUGUCCGAACUUAUUUCUGGUCUUGCUGGUCAUGAUAUGGCACCCAUGAGUCUCGGACUGUCUCACAGUUUGUCUAGGUACAAACUUAAAUUUAGUCCUGAUAAGGUGGACACCAUGAUUGUGCAAGCUAUUGGUCUUCUGGACGAUUUGGACAAAGAGUUGAACACCUACGCAAUGAGAGUACGUGAAUGGUAUGGAUGGCACUUUCCCGAGCUCGCAAAGAUUGUCCAGGACAAUGUCCAGUAUGCCAAGUCGGUGAAGUUGAUGGGCAGCCGGACCAAUGCCGCAGACCUGGACUUCUCUGGGAUAUUGCAAGAGGAGGUUGAGUCUGAAAUGAAAGAAGCUGCUGUUAUCUCUAUGGGCACAGAAGUCAGCGAGCAUGAUAUGUUGAACAUCAAGUCCUUGUGCGACCAGGUUAUUGCUCUCUCUGAGUACCGAGGCCAGCUCUUCGAUUAUCUGAGGAGUCGUAUGAAUGCUAUUGCACCCAAUCUUACAGUCAUGGUAGGAGAGUUGGUCGGUGCACGACUUAUUGCUCACGCCGGAAGUCUCGUAAAUCUGGCUAAACACCCAGCAAGUACUGUUCAAAUUUUGGGUGCUGAGAAGGCACUUUUUAGAGCCUUGAAAACGAAGCAUGAGACUCCCAAGUACGGACUUAUUUAUCACGCCUCAUUGAUUGGGCAAGCUGCACCCAAAUUUAAGGGUAAAAUUUCUCGAGUGCUUGCUGCUAAAUCAGCUUUAUCGAUCCGUAUGGAUGCCCUGGGGGAUACUACUGAAGCCAGCAUCGGUAUCGAGAGUCGUGCUAAGGUUGAAGCAAGGUUGAGACAACUUGAAGGUAGAGCUCUGGGUAAAAGUAUAAGUACACCCGGAUCCAAGGGAAAGCCCAACAUUCAGGUUUAUGACAAGGAUCGAAAGUCUGGAACACCAGGGUUACUGUCUGCUGGUAAGGUUUACAACACUUCUGCGGAUGUAACCAUGGAUGCUGCUCCCACUGUAGAAGCCAUUCCCUCUACAGAUGCUUCUCCUGAGAAGAAGAAAAAGAAGAAAUCUAAGGACGCUGCAGAGGACGCCACUGCUGCCGAGCCAGCUGCUGAAAUCACGGAUGCUACUCCUAAAAAGAAAAAAUCCAAGGGCGCUGUCAUCUCAACUCCAGAGGCCACUGUCGCAGUGGCUGUCGCAGUCACUCCCGAGCUUACAAAGUCGGGGAAGAAGAAGAGGAAAGCUGAAGCUGAGGCCGUAGCAGAGACCGCAGUUGAGGCAGCGAACGGUUUGGAGAAGAAGAAAAAGAAAAAGAAGAAGAGUAAAGAAGAGUCUGCCUAAGUAGGGAGUGGGAUAGUGGUCAGGACGAUAGGUAUUGUACACUUAGAGUGAAAUAUGAUGUUUGUGGUUCAUCCCUAAAACACCAUACUUAUCAAUCCUUGUUGCCAGCUUAAAUGCCAUUAAGCUUCAGCUGCUUGAUUGAUUUCCCAGGAAUUGAGGUUUGUAUCUCAAAGAGUAGGUCGCAUAUUUCUUUGCUGAGAUACUGUGAUGAGUAAUUUUCCCCCUAGUAUUGCCCUCAUCGGCUGUGCCCAGGACCUUUUACAGGCGGGAGCUUGGUUGACCUGCCCUAUGUACAGUUUUAGAUUGCUUGACAGCAUUCACGCCAUUUUUCUGAACUCUUUAAGAUCUUUUACAUCUCACUGAACGAUCAAUAUC